ACUGACGUAUGUAAACAAACUACUUUACUACUUUACAGCAUCUACGAUCUACUGUCGUAAAUUGCAUUUGGCGUCCCCAUGCUAUGGAUACAAGCUUGCUGACAGAAUUAUGUGUCUACACGUGGGGAACCAACAGCUAUUGGCAGUUAGGACAGGGCCAUGUUGAAGACCUGUCAGUGCCCAGGCUCGCUGAUGGAGCCCUACAGAUGGGGCCGGUGCGCCAACUCAGUGGAGGUGGUGGACAUUCGGCUGUGGUCUCUGAGAAAGGAGAGCUGCUGGUGUGUGGGCAGAACCACAGAGGUCAGCUGGGACUGGGUCACAGUUUAGAGGUCACCACCUUUCAACUCUGUCCUCUCAUUGGUCAGAGGGUUGCACACGUGUCCUGUGGUUGGGAUUUCACACUCAUCCUCACUGAUCAUGGCCAGGUACUGACGUGUGGAUCUAAUGCAUACGGCCAGUUGGGGGUCUCAGAGCCAAUCACUCAUUCUGUGGUGCUGCUGCCCAUUCAGUCUGUAAGGGAGCCAGUGAUCAGAGUGGCAGCAGGACUCAGACAUUCACUAACUGUCACUGCUACAGGUAGUGUUUACCAGUGGGGUAUGGGUCUCUCUGGCCAAGCUAAGAGAGCUCUGAGUCCACAGCCUGUCCCAGAACACUUCACCUCCAAGGUACCUUGUCUGGUCCCAGGACUGGAACAGGUGAUUUCACACAGUGUUGCUGCAGGCUCCGCCCACUGUGUGAGCCUUACUGCUGAGGGAGAUGUGUUCCUGUGGGGCAGUAAUAAGCACGGCCAGCUGACCAGUAGCAGUACAGACUCCUUCCUACCCAGACCUGUCCUCCUAGACCGCUCACCACUGGGUGGAGAGAAGGUUACCCACGUUCACUGUGGCUGGACACACCUGGUGGCCCAAACAGAGAGCGGCCGUGUCUUCACUUGGGGCAGAGGCAAUUAUGGACAGCUGGGGAGGACAGAACUGACCAAUCAAAGUGCAGAUCAGCAGUCAAGUAGUGCAUUGAGAGGAGCUGCCAGCCAAUGGACAUGUGUCCCUGCAGAAGUCAAGAUCCUCUGUGGAGCCUCACAGAUUGCCUGUGGAUCUGAACAUAACCUUGCCAUCGUAGGGGGUCGCCUGCUCUCUUGGGGGUGGAACGAACAUGGGAUGUGUGGGGACGGUUCCGAGACAGAUGUCAGCGAACCACAGCCCAUUCCUGCCCUCCGGCCUUUUGUGAUUGGCUGUGGCGCUGGCCACUCUAUGGCACUGUGUGCUGUGAGGACAGGUGAAGAGGAGUCUACAGAGGACAUGGAGACAGAACAAGCUACACUAUAGUUUGAAACUAGCAUGUUUGAGCUAACUUAUCAGGACUGUACCUGGGUAAGAUCGCGGACCACUAGUGCCGCUGAUUUGAAGCCAAUGUCUAUUGUUUUAUCUCUACGGCAGAGGACACCCGGCUCACUGUGGGGCGUGAGAGUAACAUGAUAGGGUAUGAAUCAUGAUCACCCAGUCUAUGGGGAAUAAGCCUCAGGGGAAAUCUGGGAGGAGGACAUUCUGAAGGUUGUAAAGUAUGUGGGUGUGUCUGUCUGAGCAAAAUAUCCAAACCCCGUUAUGAUUGCUUUGUUGUUGGCCAAAGUAAGGCACGUGUAAGUUCAGUAUGACCGGUACAUUCUAACUGCCUUCGUAAUGUAUUUUUAUUCCCAUCUAUAUGACACAUUGCCCUUUUUUGAUCCAAGAGGCCGUACUCACAAAGCCUGUCAGAGUAGGAGGGGCUGAUCUAGGAUCAAUUCUAAUCAAUACAGAAUGUAUUGUACAGUUCAAAGUUUCGACUGGUCCUUUCCCAGUUUGUCUUCCUGAUUGAUUCAUAGGAUACAUAGAUCCAUGCCUAGGGCCCUAUAUAUAUAUAUCCCCUCUUGGCCCUUCCCUCUCCUCUUGUCAUGCCAGUGUAAAUUCUCAUUGAUUAACAUGGCUAUUGAUGGCCUGAAGUAUAUGCUAGGCCAGUGCUGUAGUGCCAUCUCUCCAAGUCUGUCACUGGCCCCCUUUUCUAUUGCAGUGAUCUUGACUGACAGAAAGCACUCAAAUCUCCUGGACUCCCUCACUCACCUCUGUGUCCCAAAUGGUGCCCCUAAUUCCCUUUUGUAGGGCACAUGUCUCAUAGGGCUCUGGUCAAAAGGAGUGUACUUUUUAAGGAAUAGGGUUCUAUAGGGUUCUGGUCAAAAUUAGUGCACUAUAUAGGGAAUAGGGUUCUGUAGGGUUCUGGUCUAAAGUAGUGCACUAUAUAGAGGGAAUUAGGGUUCUAUAGGGUUCUGGUCUAUAGUAGUGCACUAUAUAGGGAAUAGGAUUCUAUAGGGCCCUGGUCUAAAGUAGUGCACUAUAUAGGAAAUAGGGUUCUAUAGGGCUCUGGUCUAAAGUAGUGCACUAUAUAGGGAGUAGGGUGCCAUUUGGGAGACAUAUUCAGGCUAUACUGUUAUACAGUGCAAUAUUGAUAUUGUAUCCGCUGGCCCCGUAGAAUGCUAUAUGUGUACCAGUCCCAUUUAAAGGUUAUAGGGGUCAUAUUUGUCAUAAUUACUGAUGUUUGAAGGCCAUGUAUAAGAGGUGAUAUAAGGAUGACCGUUAAAUGUCUUCACUGUAUGUUAUGGGGUUAUGUUUACAUUGACAUACUGCAGGUGUUCUGUCAAAUCCUGUCUUGUUUAAAUGUUUCCAAUUUGAAUGGCCCUUGACACCUCUGAUGGUGUCUGUCUGUCUGUCUGUGUGCAUUCUGAUAAGCGAUCGUACAGUUUGCAGAAUAUAUUACAAUAUCGUCGUGUAUGUUUAUCUAUGCAAAGAAAUAUAUGAUAUGGGAUUGGGCGGCAGCCUGAAAACAUUGAUCUCACUGAAAUAUGAAAUUGUGAUGAAAAAAUGACUGUAAAAAGGCGACAUAAAAUGAAGAUAGUAAUUCAUUGGUCUAUCUUUGACUUUCUUCAAAAAAUAAAUCAACACUCAUUGAAAAAUAA